CAAUCCCUCUUCGUCCUGCACGCAGCUUCUUCUCUUAACACACGCUUCCUCGAGAUGUCGACCACAGUCAUUAGCCCUCGUGCCAAAAAAUACCUCCAGCUUCUACGCUCUAUUGAGAAGCUCGGCGGCGCUGAAGCUUAUGCCAAGUCACUGACAGGCGCACACGCGCUCGUCUCCAGCUUGCCGAAACGUGACCCGGUAGCGACUGUCAGUAUUGAGGUAUUCUGCAGCGCGGUGACUAUCGAUAUCACUACAUCCGACGGACACCAUGGGUACGGCGGGGGCCUUGGUGUAAUGGUCCAGGACGUGAAAUUCCAAGGUACCAUGACGCUACUGGCCCCAUGGGAUGUCAUCGUGUCUGGAGAGAACGAUUUCUCCCUUAGUAUCAAGGAAGAAGGAGCGGGUGCAAAGAUACUGUUCAAGGUCAAGGAGCAAGAAGUUGCCACUAUUAGGUCGGCUAAAUUGUCCUAUCCCAUCGCCGCCGACGUCGAGGGCUCUUUCUGCUGGAGCUCUGAGGCUGAUGCUGUGCCAGCCAAUGUCGGACACGAGAUUGACCUGUUGCGCGGAUUGGAGAAGUUCGGCGGUGCUGCGGCGUACGACAAGUUCCUCAGUAGCACUACGGAGCCCUGUCCCCACAAGCCACUUAGGACUCUCGACCCGAUCAAUUCGGUCGCGGCGCGGGUGACAUUCCAGUCGUUCGGAUCCUACAUACAGAUGCACAUCGACACCAACGACAAGCACUGCGGGGUGGGGUCGGCCUGGGGCCUCGAGAUACCCGUGAUUGAGGCCCCGGGCCUGCUGAAGGUCUAUGUGACGCCUUGGGAGCGAUUGAUGUCGGCCACCAACUCCUUCUGCAUCAAGGCAUACGAGGACACCGCCGUCGUACACUUCUUUAUCGAAGAUGAGCAUGUCGCCGAUCUGGAAUGCAGCCGCAAAGAGCUCGCUCCAGUUGUAGGACUCUCCAGCAAGCAGCACAUUUGGAGUUCAUGCACUAUGUUCAAGAAUGUUGGAGCCAAUGGAGCCGAUCGCGCUGGGGCCAAUGGCGCUGCCAGCACCGCCAGUGCGACAUAAUUUACGAUACCAAUGACAUUGUCGUAUUGAUGUACCCUACGUCAUCUCUCACCAUAAUGCGUUCAAUAUCAUGCGUCGGUAAGACACCGCAUUCACCACUGG